AUGACGACAACUAUCGUCAUUAGUGAAGUAAAUGUUACUAAUCAAAUAGUUGAUAUUGAUGAUAAUACUCCACUCAACAAGAGUAUUACAUGUUUGUGCACUAAAGAUGAACAAUGUGAUGCGAAUUCUGCAACAUGCCAACUAACACAUCAACAUCAUUCAUGCUAUGAAAGUUGGACGUUAGAACCCGAUGAUGGUCAAAUACAUGUUACUGCUGGAUGUAUAGUUAAUGAAUAUUUCUUUAUGCGAAUGCUAUGCAGUAGUAAUAGUACAUCUCGUUAUAUUGUUUGUUGUGCCCAACGUGAUUAUUGUAAUGAUCUUGAUGCUUACUCAACAGAAAUUCGCCAUGCCUUAAUAAAUCCUCUAAACGCGUCAGGUGAUCCAGUUCAUCAUCAACCUAAUGGUAGUUGGUUUAUCUUAAUAUUAAUAAUAGCUAUUUCAAUUGCUGUUGUUGUUGUCUUAUUAUUAACUGGAUGUCUAAUUAUGUAUUUAAGACAUAGAACUAUAGAGAAUAGAAAAGCCGAUUAUUCGAAAGGUAUUUCAUAUGUUGACGAUCAUCAAAGAAAAACUAUCAUUCAACGUUUAUUGAAAUUCGUUCACCGUGGAAAACAUUCGCAACGAAAUGGAGAUGAACCUAUAUCCACUGAUCAAUCAUUAACUGCACUCCUUGAUGAAUUCUCUACUAGUACAGUCGGGCCAGCGCUUCCUUUAUUAAUGCAACGUACGCUUGCGCGACAAAUAACCUUGGAAGAACUGAUUGGCUCGGGUCGUUAUGGAAGUGUUCAUCGAGGCAAAUGGCGUGAAGAUCAUGUUGCUGUUAAAAUCUUUUCUGCGAACGAUGAACGUUCAUGGCUUCGAGAAAUCGAUAUCUAUCAAACUGUUUGUUUAAGACAUGAAAAUAUUCUUGGAUAUAUCGCAGCCGAUAACAAGGAUGCAUCGACAUAUACGCAACUUUGGCUUGUCACUGAGUAUCACGAAAAUGGCUCUGCUUAUGAUUACUUAAUGAAUCAUACAAUAACAGUUCCAAUCUUAAUUAAAAUGAUGUUAAGCAUUGCCAGCGGUCUUUGUCAUUUACAUAUGCCGAUUGAUUCAACCAAUGGCAAAGUGGCACUUGCUCAUCGUGAUUUGAAAACAAAGAAUAUUCUAGUGAAAAAAGAUCUAUCUUGUUGCAUAGCAGAUUUAGGGCUUGCUGUAAAAGAAGUUCGUACACGACCUAAAUCACGAAAAGAUCCAACAGCUGCAAAUGUAUCUUAUCAAGAACAAGUUAACAUUGACAUUCAACCAAAUAGUCGUGUUGGCACAUACCGUUAUAUGGCACCUGAAGUGUUGGAUGAUACGUUAAAUCAACGUAGUUUUGAAUCAUUUAAAGCUGCAGAUAUUUAUGCAUUGGGUCUUGUUUAUUGGGAAUUAUUAAGAAGAUGUCAAACGAGUCCGAACGUAAAUGAUGCUGAUCCCUAUCAAUUACCUUACGAAGAUAUAUAUCCAAGUAGUCCAACAAUUGAACAAAUGUGUGAAGCAGUCUGUACGAAAAAGAUUCGACCAGCUAUAUCUGAACGAUGGUUAACAAAUCCAAUUCUUUGCCAUGCUGUUCGUUUGUGUGAAGAACUAUGGAUUGCAGAUCCAGCAUGUCGUCUUGGUAGUCUUAAUAUCAAAAAACAACUUAAAAAUCAAAUGGAAUUAGUAGAGAAUAGUUCAUCAUAUGUGAAUGUUGAAUCGCAACAACAACUAACACCCAAUGAUGGACCUUGGACUGCAUAG